GGGUGCUCUGAGUUCCUGGUCCUCCUAGCCUCGAUUUGGCCGGACACGACACACUUUCGGAUUUACAGAACAAAAGCAACAACGGACCGAGGGGGGUAGGUACAGUAAGGAAACAAUUUCAAACAAAUAACAAAUCGAUUAUUCGAUUCUAAAGGCGUAUCAUAUUUAGUAUCAGUUUGGGUCUCAACUUGAGACAGCUACAAAGUUCUAGAAUUGUUUCCGAAACGAGAAUCCGUUUUGAGGUUCGACGGAUAAAUAAAGCAUCAGGGUCAGACAAACGGUAUUGUUCCCCCGUUUUGUUCUCUCCAACUUCAGCCAUUAACAAAAGAGAAGAUUGGGAUAUUUUGUUUUCACUUUAUCCAACCCCAGAGUGAAGGGGUGAAAUACAUGAUUCCGGUGUUUCUGCUGUGCCUCACUGCCUCUGUCAGGGGGGUCAAACUUGAUUCUGAGGACUGACGACUUGAAGGGAAACAAGGACAACGGAACAAAGCCAGUGCUGGAAACGGACUGGAGUGACGGGCGGUGACAUCACCGAUGGCAACACAGGUUGACCGUAACAGAAGAAUAGGACUGGAGGUAAACAUGAAGGAGUCAUCCCAGUGUGAUGUCACAUGGACAGAGAAUGAAGGAAAGCAUACCUCCCUGCAUUCCUCCAAGACUUCACACUAUCAGAUCACCAAUGGAAAGAGCAAUCUAUCCUCUGACCCCAGUGCAACAGACAGUGAUGUAAGCGAGGGCAGAGAUGGGGGUGUUAGUUUCAGCACCAACCAUAACUCUGUGGUGUGCCUGCCUUUGGUCUCUGAGGGCCUGAAGCUAGUAUGGACACAGUCAGAUCAGACACGUGAGCUUGACACCAUCCCAGAGCUGGUCCAGGCAUUCAAUGUGUUCCCAUACCCAACAUCUCGUGAGGUGAAUGCCUUGGCACGGCUUUGUGCCCUGCCUCUGGACAAAGUCAAGGUCUGGUUCAUGGUGCAGAGAAUCAAAUACGGUAUCAGCUGGGCCUCAGAGGAGAUUGAGGAGACGCGUCGCAAGCUGGCCGGACCUGAGCGGACUAACGACUAUGCAAAUGAGAAGGAGAUAAAAAUUGGGAAUGGGUGUGGGGCAAUAUCUGUGGAGACAGAGGACGAUGAUCAAAUUAAUAAUGGUCUUCACUCCUACCUGCUUCACCCAAGAAAACGAGCCAGACAUGAGACCCCAGAACCCUGCAAACCAGCCGCCACUGUCCAACAUUUCAGUUCCUCUCUCCCACCCCCUCAGGAUUCAUACUACUACCGCCCUCCUGUGGACAUGCCAGCAACUACCGCAACUGAUGCUUCCCUGAGCCUCUCUGAGACCUCACUUGGCUCUCCACAGCAACAACAACGCGGACGCUACAAAAAGACCAAAGCCCAACUUGCAGUCCUUCGCAGCAGCUUCCUGCGGGAAAACUGGCCCGCAGAGACUGAGCUCCGACGCCUGCAGGAGGAAACCAGCCUGAGCCGCAAUGACAUCCGCAAGUGGUUUAGCGACAGCCGGUACCAGCUUAGAAAUGGGCGUGGACUGCUUGGAACAUCCAUGGUCUAUCCUCAGUUGACUACAGGAGACGCAAAGAACGAAUCUCAGCAACUUCGACCUCUUCCACUCGUAGCACACAGGCCUCGGGAUCAAGAAAAUGGUGUUGAAGUGCAAGGAAGGGCUCAAGAGAAGGGAGCUCGCAGCAACGGAGUGAAAGAUUCACACUUCUUCCAGAACUUUCUGUCAAACAGCUUGGAGGCAUUUGGGGAGGGAGCAGUGGGAGUGGAGGCAGAGGAGGACGAGGUUGCGGAGGAAGCCUCAGUUCACACUGAAACUGUUAAGGAAGAGAACGAGGCGGUGGUGAAACAAGAAAAGCCUCUACACUUUAUGGGCAGUAAGAACCCAGAGAUUAAACAAUCACCAUCAGCCGUUACCAUCUCCACUUCCCCCCUCCCCUUGCAUUCUACCACCCCUUCAACUUUGACUGCUAAUAAGCGUAGUUCUUCUAGCACCAGCACGGUGCAGAGGUCUGCUCGCUCAGCCAAAGCCUCACUGACAGCCCUGUCUCUCUCCAGUCCUCCCUCAACCUCGUCUCCUCUUCUUACACCCGCUGGCCGACCACGGAAGACCAAGGAACAACUGGACAUACUAAAGGAGCACUUCUUGCGGUGCCAGUGGCCUAAGAGUGAGGACUACACCCAGCUGGUAGAGCUCACAGGCUUGCCUCGUGCAGAUGUCAGCCAGUGGUUUGGGGAUACGCGCUAUGCUGUUAAAAAUGGUCAGCUACGUUGGGUGCAGGGGGUCCGUGAGCAAUUCCGAGAGCAAUUCCUGGCUGAAUUAGCCACACAGCAAAAUGGCAGUGGUGGAAACGGUUCCAGUGGAACCCCUCGGGUUACGGGUAGCCGCAAACGAAAGUCUCAAGUGAAUGGCGCAACAGCACCAACAUCCACUGCAGAUUCCCCGGACAUCAAUCCGCUGGAGGUUUACCAUCGCUCGACAGGGGUUCUUCAUGAGAAAGACCUUGAUGCCCUUUGCAAAAAGUCACGAAUGAGCUACCAGCAGGUGCGGGACUGGUUUGCAUCUCAGGAGAGCAAGGCAUUUGACCCAGAGCCCAAUGUUACUGAUUGAGAUGAGGAACUUGUGGGCUGGUAGGGGUUGGAAAGUAGCAGUGUCUCUCUUUUUUUACAGAGGACAAGACUGAUAAUGUCUUACCCAGAAUUUCUCAUAAAUUUGACAUACAUUUCAUAUUGAAUUACUUUGCUUUAAUGUGAGCAGGUGUGACUCUUAAAUGCUUAGUAUCAGCACAGAUUUUGCGACUGUGCUGAAUUAUUGCUGCAUUCUCUUUUUUUCAUAAGUUUGGACUAAAUCCUGAUGGUGCUGCCUACUGUAGACAGGACAGUACAUAGUACACUGGUUCAAUUCCCCCCCACCUAUUUUGUUUGUGUUAUAUAAUUUGUAGUCCAGUAUUGUAGCAACAUAUUAACUGGAUAAAAAGUAUGUAUUGGUUAGAGCUCCUUAGGUACUGUAGUUUAGUUCUGUAUUUUACAGAAGUGAAACUGCACUGGGAAAACCUAAACAUAACAUCAUUUAUGAGUCUUAGGGUAAAGACACUGAUUAAUCACUUAAAGUAGUAAUCAUUCCUUUACAACCUACAUGUCCUUUUUACAAAAACAAACUGGACAUCCACACCUAAUACUUCUGAAUAGACAGGUUGCACUUGAAUUUUUGAGCCCUGACAUUUUAGCUGUGAUAAUGUUUAUUAAAUGCAUUCCUUUUCAGAAACAUUGAAUACCUAUUAAAAUUGUUAUGCAGUUUGCACUGACCUGCAAUGUUUUAAAGUGAAGUUCAAUGUCCACAAAGACUACAAGUUCCAAACAUAUUUUGGAUAAACUGAAGAUACUGAACUGCACUCUUUGGUUCUGUAUAAUCCUGUAUUUUUCACUCUGCUCAACUGUCUCAAUUUCUGUUUACCUGUGAAGGGCUGCAAUAUAGGCUUAUUUUAUUGUU